CAUUUUUCAGGAACAAGGGGUCUGCCCCUCAUUCUCCAUUGGCAUAGGGCGCCAUUGCAGGCACAACGGAUUGCAACAAUGGGGAGGGAUACACAGGUGCCAGACGUGUUUGUGAGGCACUCAGUGAUGUCACAGCGGAGCGCGCAGCUUGCUGUGCCUUCUGACGCCAACACGAUCUACGUUUCAAACCUGCCGGCUCAGGGAAUGGAUCUUUUUGCUUUGGCAGAGUUCUUUGGCACAAUGGGGCCUAUCAAGAUGGACGCAAAGACUGGCGAACCCAAGAUCCGCAUCUACCGCAACAAAGAGACAGGCGCUCCCAAGGGCGAUUGCACCAUCAUGUACCAAGACGCAAAUUCCGCCCAGUCUGCUGUGCGCUGGUUCAACGGCAAGGACGUCGACGGCAAUAUCAUCAAUGUGUCCAUGGCUCAGGAAAACAUGAAGGGAGUGGAGGUAGCUGCUGUGGGGCCUGAUAACACCUCUCCGGGUCCGCAAGCCCCCGUAGCUCCCGUCGCGGGCAAACCCUGGCAAAAGGAUGGGGAUUGGCCAUGCCCCAAGGAGGGGUGCGGAAACGUCAAUUUCGCCUUCCGUGGCGUCUGCAACAAGUGCGGCACCCCCCGGCCAUCUGGGGGCGCGGCAGGGCCGUCAGCAGGAGGCGCCGGCGGCGGCCGUGGCAGGGGGGCCGCUGGGCAGGCUGGACGAGGGGGCGGGCGGGGCGGGGGGCGAGACGGGGGCGGGCUUUUCACGGCUGCAGACUGGAGCUGUCCGUUGUGUCAAAACAUGAACUGGGCGAAGCGAAACAAGUGCAACAUCUGCAACACUUCAAAGCCGGGGACCGAGGGUGGGCCCAGGGAGGGCCGGGCCGGCGGAUUCAAGGAGUUUGAUGAAGCCGAGGCGGAAGAGACAAAGCGAAGGAGAAAGGAAGCAGAAGAGCAAGACGGCGAGAUGUACGACGAGUUCGGCGUCCUCAAGAAGAAGUUCCGGACGAAGAAGGAAGCGCCGGCCGCGCCGGUCGGGGGAAAGGCCGCUUGGGAGCAGGAGGACCUCACACGAAAGGACGGAAGCGACAAGCAGAAAGAACGGGAAAAAGAGCGUGAGCGGGAUAAGGGGCGAGAAAGGGAGAGGAGCCAGGAGCGAGCGUACGACUACGAGCGUGAUUUCCGGGGGGAUAGGAGCAGGGGCCGGGUGGAUCGGGACCGUGACAGGAGCCAGGAUUGGAAGAUUGCGGCGGCGGGGGCGAAGGGGGAUGGUGAGAGGAGUCGGGGGGCAGACCGGGAUCGGGAUCGAGGGCAAGAUUGGAAGACGGAUGAGCGGAGUCGAGGGGGGUAUAAAGACGAGGAACGAGAUUACGAAAGGAGCCGGAAUGGGGGGGAAAGGGAGCGGGAUUGGAAAGAUAGUAGGGACCGGGGUCCUAGAGACUCGGACAGAGCAUCAGGUUGUGCCGUUUCUGGCAGCGAAUCUGCCUUUCCGGCAGCAGAGACGACAGCUGCUGGUUGCAAGGCGAUCUAG